AUGUCGGAGCAAGACCUCGACGUCGUACCCGGAACAGUGCACCUGGUCGAUCUCGCAGGCCAAGGAACGCCGGGCCAACAUGAUCCCAAGAACUCGAAGAUCGUGCUGGUGCCACAGCCAAGUCGAGAUCCAGAAGACCCAUUGAACUGGAGUCGGAGGCGCAAGUUCUGGUCUUUGACGAUGCUGUAUGUGUACAUACUUGGAGUGGGGAUUCCGACGACGCUGCACUACUCUGUCAUCGCCGAUAUCACUCGGGACACGGGCAUUUCGACCACGGAUCUCGUUCAAGGUAACGGAGUCAUGUUCCUCUUCCUCGGCUGGGCUUGUCUUUUCUGGCAGCCGAUUGCGACGACAUACGGGCGACGAGGCGUGUACCUCAUUUCCAUUCUACUGACGGUACCCAUCAUGAUCUGGACGGCACACUCUUCAUCCGCCGGUGUUUGGUACGCCCAUCGAAUCUUGAUCGGUAUCGUGGGUGCACCCAUCGAGGCAUUGCCCGAGAUCAGCAUUCCCGACGUUUUCUUCGUAAGUGUUGGAACAGAGUCUCUCCCGGGUGGGAGUCGCUGAUUGGAGUCAGGCACAUGAGCGAGGCACUUGGAUAAGUACGUACGUCUUGCUGCUGUUCGGUUCCAACUUCCUCGCUCCAUUGAUGGCUGGAUGGUUUGACGAUGCCUACGGCUGGCGCUGGACAAUGUAUUUUGGAGCCAUAGUGGCGGCGGGUGCUUUCGUCAUCCUGUUCUUUGGGAUGGAGGAGACGAUGUACUUCAGAAACUCCGUGGAAGGAAUUGAAGUGGCGCCCACGCCGCCAGAACAGACAGCGGAGAAACAAAGCUGGCCAGAAAAGCAAGACAGCAAGUUCGUCACGUCCCCGGCGGCUUCCGAAGUCAAGGAGUCCAAUGCUCCGAUUUUCGCUCGGAAGCGAUCGUACGUGUCCAAGCUGAAGCCGUUCGUGCUCUUGCCUGGACGACCAAGUUUGAGACAGGUUGGCAUCAUGAUGUAUCGGCCUCUGAUGAUCAUCGUUCGAUUCCCGAACGUCGCAUGGGCUGGCUUCAUUUACGGCAUCAAUCUGUCCUGGUACAAUGUUCUGAAUGGCACGACCAGUCCAGUUCUCUCAGCCAGCCCGUACAACUGGUCCGCGGCUCUCGUGGGCACCAUAUACGUCGGCCCAAUCAUUGGCGCAAUCUUUGGUUGCUUCUGGGCCGGAGUCGUCGCGGACAGACUUGCGAUAUACCUAGCCCGCCGCAACAAUGGGAUCCGAGAACCAGAACAGCGCCUAUGGCCACUAGCCAUUGCCGGCAUAUUCUCCACAGCGGGCCUCAUCACCUGGGGUGUUGGAGCAUAUCAUGGUGUGCACUGGGUCGGGCUGGUGUUCGGCCUUGGUAUGAUGGUAUUCGGCGUGGUCAUCGGGGGCAGCAUCGGUCUCUCAUAUGCAGUUGACUGCUUUAAAGAGAUCAGCGGCGAGUCUAUGGCGUCUGUCAUCAUCAUCCGGAACACCAUUGGCUUUGGCUUCACCUACGCAAUCACACCAUGGUACACGAAUAUGGGGCUCCAGAACUGCUUUAUCAUGGCCGGAUUCGUCUCCUUGGCGUGUAUGGCGACGUUUUUGCUGAUGAUCUGGAAGGGCAAAGCGCUUCGCAGGAUGUCGGCGAAGGCGUAUUGGCGUUAUGUCGGUUCCAGUGUAGUUGGCGCACAUUAG